CGGGCAGCGCGGCGGAUCUCUCGCGAGGAAGGACGCCAUUAUCGCAGCCGCCGCACAAAACACCACGAGAACUCGGCACCCGCCUCACACGAGCACUUAAGGGAAAAAAUCCGUGAAGUUCAAGUUCUCCUGUGAAAAUGGGAGCCUGUGUUAUGGUGGAAAGGAAUGGAGGGAACUCCUGGCAACUGGGAAGUUACUCACCCUUUAUGUCCCUGCUUCUCAGGCACAAAUGUGUUACAUGUGCCAACCUACCUCCCAUAUCCUGGGAAUUUAUAAUGUUGGUUGCAUGACGUGUCCAAUUCCUGCCUUGGGGCCCUGCAGUGGUGUGUGAGGGAUUUGCUGCUGCUUCUGAAUGAUGUCAGAGCAGGAUUUGUCAGAUGUUGUUCAAAUUGCAGUUGAGGACCUGACUCCAGAUGACCCAGUUGUGUUGGAGAACCAUGAGGUGGCAGAUGAUGAUGUGGAACCUGCUCUGAAACGUCAGCGCAUCGAAAUCAACUGCCAGGACCCCUCCAUUAAGUCAUUCCUGUAUUCCAUCAAUCAGACAAUAUGCCUGAGGUUGGACAGCAUUGAGGCCAAGCUGCUGGCACUGGAGGCCACCUGUAAAUCCCUGGAGGAGAAGCUGGACCUGGUCAUGAACAAGCAGCACAGCCCCAUCCAGGUGCCCAUGGUGGCCGGGUCCCCGCUCGGCGCCACCCAGACCUGCAACAAAGUGCGAUGUGUUGUCCCUCAGACCACAGUGAUCCUCAACAAUGACCGGCAGAAUUCCAUCGUGGCCAAGAUGGUUGGGCAGGAAGAGCCGUUGAGCAGAGCAGCGGAUUCCCUGGAAAACAUCCUUAGCAAUGCCGUUCCGGGCCGUCGGCAGAACACCAUCGUGGUGAAGGUGCCGGGGCACGACGACAGUCACAACGAGGACGGCGAGAGCGGCUCCGAGGCCAGCGACUCCGUGUCCAACAGCGGCCAGAUGGGGAGCCAGAGCAUCGGGAACAACGUCACCCUCAUCACCCUCAACUCCGAAGAGGAUUAUCCCAACGGGACGUGGCUGGGGGACGAGAACAACCCCGAGAUGCGGGUGCGCUGCCCCAUCACGCCCGCGGACAUGCUGCACAUCAGCACCAACUGCCGCACGGCCGAGAAGAUGGCCCUGACCCUGCUGGACUACCUGUUCCACCGCGAGAUCCAGGCCAUCUCCAACCUCUCGGGCCAGGGCAAGCACGGCAAGAAGCAGCUGGACCCGCUCAUGAUUUACGGGAUUCGCUGCCACCUGUUUUACAAGUUUGGCAUCACAGAGUCCGACUGGUACCGCAUCAAACAGAGCAUCGACUCCAAGUGCAGGACAGCGUGGAGGAGGAAGCAGAGGGGGCAGAGCCUGGCUGUGAAAAGCUUUUCCAGAAGAACACCUUCAUCAUCCUCUUACAGUGGUUCAGAGGGAUCCCAGAGUUCAGUGUCAGCUUCCAAUGAGAUCCAGCAGAACCAGCCCCAGGCCCUUCACUACGCCCUGGCCAACGCCCAGCAGGUCCAGAUCCACCAGAUAGGAGAGGAUGGACAAGUCCAAGUAGUAUGUCAGGGCCAUCUCCACAUAGCCCAAGUGCCCCAGGGGGAGCAGGUCCAGAUCACACAGGACAGCGAGGGAAACCUGCAGAUACACCAAGUUCACGUGGGUCAGGAUGGACAGGUGCUGCAGGGUGCUCAGCUCAUCGCCGUGGCGUCGGCCGAGCCCGCGCCCGGGGGGGUGGAUGGAUCCCCACUCCAGGGAAGUGACAUCCAGGUCCAGUAUGUGCAGCUCACACCGGUGACAGACCACUCUGCCACCAACCAGGGCACUGACAGCCUUCAAUCAGCAAUCCAGCCAGAAAUGCAGAUAGAACACGGAGCAAUCCAAAUUCAGUGAGGGAACUGGGGAACAUUGGGAGCUGUUGGUGAACUACAGGCAGAAAUGAAGUGCAAGAGGACAAAAAUACCUCUUAAACCAAUGGUCACACCUCAGACAUCUCCAGCCAUGGCCUGGUUGUCCUCACCUGGAAUAAUUCACACCCUUUUACUUCAGCUGGAGCUGCACCACAACAGCAGUGAAGAUCUGACCUUCAGGACAAAAAUCAAUAAAGAGGAAAAAAACCAACCCUUGCAGAAAGACAGAAGGAGAUUUAAUGCAUCCAAACUGUGAGACUCAAUUCCUACUCACCCAUUUCUUCUGUGAAAAAGGCCCUUUGAAUGUCUGCAGAUACUUUAGGAGGUGUAUUGCUGCUUUGCAAUACUUGCUUUACCACAUAGAAAAGUUCCAGAGCUCAGCUAUUUUUCACUGUUUAAACAGCUUUUUUUUUAUUUGCUAUGGUGUUUAUAACAAAAAAUGGAAAAUAUUUAAAAAGAGGAAAAUCCCAUGACAGCAAGUAUUGGCCUUUUGCUGGUGUUUUCUGUUCAGUGUAAUGAAAACUGUACUUGCAGAAGACUAACAAUUUUGUUUGUACUGUUGCUUAACUACUUUUCUAGGGGAAAAGGCUUUUAAAUGCUGUAAUUAUGCAUUUCUAAUGGAAAAUAAAUGUGUAUUUAUGAAUA